AUGCCUGAAGACUCAAGCGGUUUGCAUCCACCACGCAUGAAAUCGCAGAGGUGGAUAAAUCUGUUGCUUCUUGCUCGUCGACGGGUGGAGAAUAUGUUUCAAGAUAAUGAAACGGCCGCCAGCGACUCACUUUCACAGAUAGCCCCGACAGGCGAUGAUCAUGACGCUCGUGCCAGUGAAAUUGAGAUCGUUGAAAUACAUUCGCGCAGCAACUCCAUCAGCUCUUCGAUGGCCAGUCGCCCUGAUGGAGGGUUCGAAGAUUCCGGCUCAAGUCUUGCUCUCUCACAUGCCGACGAGGUCGAAAUGUCAGUAUAUCUUCGGGAUUCGAGCACUGUCUUCCGUUGUGGUGGCCAAACGAUAGCAGCAGAAGACCUUGGCUGCCUCCUCCCAGGGAAACGGCUCAACGACGAAGUAAUCAAUUUCUACGCAGCCUUGAUCAACCGACGUUCUCAAGAGUCGACCAAUGUAAUGGUGGAUGAGGAAGUAUUGAACGCGUAUUGCUUCAAUACUUUCUUUUACACGAAGCUAGAACGAGACGGCUAUCACGGGGGCAGGUUAUUCCGAUGGAUAAAGUUCGAUCUGUUUUCAAAGGAUAUUAUUUUGAUCCCCAUUCAUUGCUUGGACUCUCAUUGGAGUGUCUCUGCAAUUAAUCUCCGGGAAAAACGAUUUGAAUUCUACGACAGUAUGGGCCUUCGUCCGAGGAAGGUUUUCGAUAAUCUACGAAGUUUCAUGGCUCAAGAGCAUUACCACAAGAAGCAACAUCCAUUUGACUUCAGUGGCUGGGUAGACUUUGUUCAUGAUGGUCCCGAGCAAGAAAACGAUUACGACUGUGGUGUAUUUGCAUCUCAGGCCUUGCAGGCGCUCUCUCGCAGACGUUCAACCUUCAACUUUGCUCAAAACGAUAUGCAUGGUCUCCGCCAACGAAUGAUCCUAGAAAUUGGCAGGGGUAAACUAUGGAAUGAUCUCCUUACCUAUUAA